AUGAAGGUCAAUGGCUGCAAAAAGGCAAGGUUUGAGAGAAAAGACAGUAUUUUUCAUCUGGAGAAAAAGAAUUCUUCUGAAGAAGACACACCUCAUUCUGAGAAACAAGGAGCUUCCAGCAGAAGUGUGCAGGGAGAGAUCCCUGCAGGAUCCUCAGUGGAAAAAAUAAAUCCUGGCAUUAAGGUGGACAUCACCAUGUCUUUUCUGCCAUGUUUGAAAAAAAACAAGUCACCCGUGCCCUUAGGAAGGACUGUUUUUCAAAAACACACCCCACCCAUUCAGCAGAACUACCAAGCCUUGCUGGAGACAUGCUUGAAGAACAAAUGCCUCUUCACAGAUGACAGCUUCCCUGCUCACAUCAGCUCUAUUGGAACAGGAGCACUGCUAAAGAGACUGCCUCAAAAUUUACAGUGGAAGAGGCCUCAUGCUUUGCACAGAAGCCCAGUAUUUUAUGCUGCAAACAGAAAGCAACUUGAUCUCUGCCAAGGACUGGUGGGGAACUGCUGGUUCCUGGCGGCCCUGGAAGCCCUGACGUUCCACCAGGACAUCUUGGCUGCAGUCGUGCCACAAAACCAGAGCUUUGAGAGGAAAUAUGCUGGCAUUUUCCACUUCCGGUUCUGGCACUUCGGGGACUGGGUUGACGUGGUGGUUGAUGAUCGCCUGCCGGUGAAUGAGGCAGGGGAGCUGGUCUUUGUUUCCUCAGUCUAUAAGAACGUGUUCUGGGGAGCCCUUCUGGAGAAGGCAUAUGCUAAACUCUAUGGCUCCUAUGAAGAUCUGCAGAUUGGGCAAGUUUCAGAAGCCUUGGUGGAUUUUACAGGUGGUGUUAAUAUAAGGAUCAAGCUUGCAGCAGCUCCUCCUGAUCUGUGGGAUAUCCUGACAAGAGCAACCUACAGCAGAUCUCUCAUGGGCUGUCAGACACAUUUAGGGACAACAAAGGUCCUGAAGAACGGGCUUGUUGCUGGCCAUGCCUACACAGUAACUGGUAUUAGAAAGGUGACCUGCCAAGAUGGACCAGAAAACCUAGUGAGACUGAGAAAUCCAUGGGGAAAAAUUGAAUGGAAAGGAGACUGGAGUGACAGCUCUUACAAAUGGGAGCUGCUGAGCCCAAAGGAGAAGAUUUUGCUGAGGAAAAAGAAGGAGGAUGGAGAAUUUUGGAUGUCUCUGCGAGAUUUUAAGAUUCAUUUUGUAGAUCUGAUAAUCUGUAAAUUAACUCCAGACUUGAUGAGCCAGGAAGAUGGGGAGAAGUGGAUGUACUCCCUGAAGAGUGGAAGAUGGGUUAAAGGAAGUACAGCAGGAGGAAGUCUGAGACUCUCUAAUGGCAACUUUUGGAUGAACCCUCAGUACUGGCUGCACGUUUUACCAGUGGAAGACAGUAAGAAAAGGCUGAGUUCCUGCAACGUGGUUAUAUCCCUGAUGCAGAAGCACAGCAGCAAACACCGCAACCGAGCUCCUCACCUCUUCAUUGGAUUUUCACUCUACAAGUACCAGGAAAGCAACAGAAAGCUGCCCCCAGCAUUCUUCGCCCAACAUCAGCCUGUGAACAAGCACCAGGUCUUCCUUGAUGAGCGGGAAGUGACUCAAGACUUCCACCUGGAGCCUGGUGUCUAUGUGAUUGUCCCAUCCACCCUGGAGCCUCAGCAGGAGUCUGAAUUCAUCCUGCGGGUCUUCUCCAGGAAGCAUGUUCUUAGGGAAAUGGGUGGGAACACCAGUUUCACCCUUUCGAAGGAAAUUGUCGAUAGGUAUGAAGGCAAGAUUUGGGAGGACUUCUUCACAAAGUAUUUUCAACAG